CGCUCUGCGCAGGCGCAGGUCUCUCCGCAAGCAGCGGCGCUUCAAUAAUGUGUAGUUUUCAGUCGGUUGCGCCCGUCAGUGCAAUGGGCUGUUUUCAGCGUCCGCGCUGUCCAGGUCGCCGCACAACUCGCACUUCGGCGCUGCAACAAAGAUUGAAGAGGGCAGUGUGAUAGUUGAGGGCGUUGACUGUGGGAAUAGACGCAGCUCCUCCAUCAUGUUGGCCUGUCUUCAGCGAACACAGAACCCACCUUCGCAGCGCUUGUCAUGUCCCAGUAAAACGCUGGAGCCGCUGAAAUGUGAGACAGUCAGAUCCACACAUUCUCCACGGUAUCCUAGUCCAGCUGAACUUGAUGCUUAUGCCCAGAAGGUGGCUAACAAUCCACUAACAAUCAAGAUCUUUCCUACAAAUAUCAGGGUUCCUCAGCAUAAGCACCUUAAUAGGACUGUAAAUGGCUAUGACACAACGGGGCAACGCUACAGUCCAUAUCCUGUACAUUCUGGAGGAUAUCAAGGUCUUUUAGCUAUUGUGAAGGUACAUAGCAAAAGUGUGGUGAAAAGUACAGAUGGCAAGAGGACGCGAAUGUCCCCAGCACAAGUUGGAAAUAGCAACAUUGGAGCCUACCCAGUGCCAAGCACUUUAGCGCAGAGUCAAUCCUGUACUGGGCAAUUAAGUUACCACAGUAGCCAGAAACCUUUGGAGGGACCUGUUCCACCUAAUGUGACUGUUGCCACAUCUGUUAUUCCAUUGGGAGGACGAAGCCUGGCUCUGCAGCAGUCAAAUCUCCCCUCCAUUCAAAGUAUUAUCUAUCAGAUCAACCAGCAAUGCCAGGCUCAGGCAUCACAACAGGUUUCAGCUGCUGUUUGCCAGGGUGCUAUAAUUACCAAUCCAAGCCCAGCCACGGCCAGCCGCAACACAGUGAAUGGUUUUACCAGCAUGGUUAAUGGAAGCGUGGUAUAUGCUGGAACAGUUGUACCUGAAUGUCGUGGAGGUGCAGAGUUGACAACUGCUUCGAGUUUAGCCUCCACAACAGGACCUAAAGCUGGGACCUACCCAGAUGGAAUGGAUUAUUUACUAUGGCAACAGAAACAACAGAUCCGUAUGUAUUCAGGCAGUGGGGGGGGGGGAGUAAUAAGUAAAUCGCCAGAGGUUUGUGGUGUCCCAAGACCAUAUACCUUGGCACCUACUGUUGAAAAAAUUCCUUCGUCUCCUUUGAACUGUGUGGGCAUGCACUGUAAUUUUUCAACAGGGCAGUAUUUAGCAGCCCCAUGGAAUAGUGUGUUGGUGACACCAGACAGCGACUGUUAUAACCCACAGGACCUCACGAAUGGGCACCGUGACCUUGUUGUUCAGCCUUCGGAUGGACUCACCAGUGUCUCCAGUAGAACGCUAUGUAAUACCUCUAUUCUCAGUAGUAGUCUGCAGUCACUGGAGUAUCUGAUUAAUGAUAUUCACCCACCCUGCAUUAAAGAGCAAAUGUUGGGUAAAGGAUACGAGACUGUUUCAGUACCUCGAUUGUUGGACCACCAAAAUGCUCACAUUCGACUACCGGUUUACAGAUAGAAAGAGAACUGUUGUUCGGAAAGAUAGUAUGAUGGUGUUAAAUCUGUUAGAGAGAUACACAGAAGUCUUCAGCCUCAAUACUGUAGUUAAAGGCAAAUGAAGUGGCGUGUUUAAAAUGCCCCAUGUAUUACAAGAUGCUGGAAUGAGUUUGGGUUGACAAAAGCAUGGAAUUUGCUGGUAUUAAUAAUGAAAGAUGGCAAUAUAAGAAAAAAAUACAAUAAAAUGGGGACUGGGAUUUGGCAUUGGACAUCAGAGGGCAAGGAGCUAUUGGAAAUGUGCAGAAAGCUUUGCCAUAUGUGCUGAUGGGUCUGCAUGCAGAAAAAGUUUAAAUUAAAAAUCCUAUGCUAACUUCUGUGAACAUGUGGUCCCGAGAUCCUCACCAUUGCCGCUUGUCAUUGUCAUCUUCAUCUUUGCCAUGAUUACAAAAAAUGAGCUACUGCCUAAAUCAGAGUGGAGAGUCGUUAUUGCACUGUGUUGGAAUUAAGAUUAAAGUGGGGACAGUCCAAAAUAUUAUAAAAGAAAGUAUCUUGGAAAACUUGAACCUAAUUCUUGUUUGAUUUUUAAUUUUGUGUUGGCUGCUAAAAAAUGUUUUUUUCCUUCUUAAAUUUAGGGAAAAGUUAAAGUUCACAUGAGGGAAUUGCUAGUUUUCAUAGAUUUUCGUACUGAAAUAUAUGCCCACAAUUGUGCUAAAAUUGCAAAGCAAGCUGUGAGAAGGUGCAAGGGUUGAUGGUAUUGAUAAAUGCACUCAAAAGAAUACUGUACAUGGUAUUGCUUUUCUUUCCAUAGGAUAAGAAAGCCCAUUAGGUGUAAAAAUGAGUUGUAAGAGCACAUUCCUACAAAAGCUGAUUGUCUAUAUACUGACUGUUUUUAACCUUAUAAGUGAAAUAAAUGCCUGUUCAGCAAUGCGGAACACUCAGAGAUUGUGUGCUGCUGUGGUGAAUAGCAAACACUAAUAUCUGAUAACAGUUCCAAAAUAAUAGUGGGUCAUGCAAGAAUGACUGUAAGUAGCAAAGGUGGCAACCAAACCUAAUUAUUUUUCAUUGUCGGCACCAUUAUAAUGCCACUGCAUUCCACAGGACAGUGUAUCAUCUUUCUUCUUCCAGUUCCUCCUUACAUUUACUGCUUCUGGACUUUGCCAGCAUUUUUCUUCAAUUAGCCAAUAAUCCCUGUGUGAUCAGGGUUCAUGGAGCUUCACAAGGCCACUGACAUUUUUUUUAAAGUAUACUCUUCCUUCCUUCCUUCCUUAUUUCCUUAGGGCAUCAACUGGGCACUCCUCAGCUGCUAACUUAUAAAGACAGAGAGGGAAAUUGUAAGAUUAUAUUUUGCAUUUGAACUAUCAGUCAUUUGGCAUUAAUGAUCAAAUGUUCAUUAAUAAAAGUUAUUUCCAGACUGACAAUUUUCAGUUUUAUAAAUGAACUGCACUUUUCACAAUAGGUUUCUGUUUAACCAAUACGUGUUUGAUUAAAUUAGUCAAAUUCAUUUCCUUCCAGCAGUUAAAAUACUGUAAUAAGCUGUAUCUUAGUCAAAGCUGAUCCAAUUUAUUGUCACAAAUACAUACAUUUUCUGUGUCCACAUCUUUGUUGUAGAAACCCUUAGGUCACUUAUGCAUACAUUUUUUCAACUGCAUUGCUUAAUGCUUGUCAAAAUUACUUUGGGCUAUGAAGGUUCAGUUUUAAUUCACUGUUGACGUUGCAAAAUUGAAAUUCCUCUAAUCUACACUGCCACUGCCCCCCACCCCCACCCCAACGCCUGCCACUACAUUCAAAGCGGUACUGACUUUUUUGUCAGCAUUUCACGCUGUUAUGCUGUAUCCUUUUAAUCCUGAAUAUAAAUAGCAACCGGCUGCAGAUUUAUGCUCAAAUUUGUUGGUUUCUCAUAAUAAGCCACUGGGAAGGAUGAAUCAAAGUGAGAUAGUUGUAACUUUUUCUCUUCUUUUCAAUCUCUGUGCCUGUCACCUCCCCUCAAUUUUGUAGCCCCAAGCCCUUGUGGAUUAGAUUGCUUGGUUCAGUUGGAGUAUUUUUGGGUUCUGUUUAAAGAAAAGUAGAACUGGAAAGAGGUAUAAUCAGCAUCUAUAAAACAGCUUAAUAUUUCUGACAAGCAUGUCUGCAGUGAGAGUAUUAUCCUUUCUUACUACAGAUGUACCUGCUAUGUAUUUCUAGUAUUUUUGAUAAACAGCUGAAAUAUUCAUCAUAUUUCAUAAUUUACAUCAUACCUAUGAUCUGUUCUUCAUUUAUACCAAUGGAGAUUGGUCUUAAAAGAUUUAGUGUGAUGAUAUGAUUAACUUAGUCCUUGGUUUCCUUCUGUUAUAUAAUUUUGUGCAUUGUCAAAAACACAACUGUUAAUCUUGUAUCCAAUAAUCUUUCAUUUUUAAAAUGUUGGCAUUUUGGUAAAAAAAAGUCAGUAAACUUCAUAAUAACCUAUAAAUAUUCCCAGGCUUAAGCUAGUGCUCUACAUUAAUAUCUUCCUAUAAACUAAUGAAAUCCAUCCAAAUUAAGAGCACUACAAUGUUGAACUCACAGUCUAAGAAUCAGGUCUUCAAUCGGGAUGGGAAUUGAUUUGUGUACCGAAUGACUGAACAAUUCAUAAAAGAGCAAGUGCAGAUUAUAUUGCCAAUGCAUUCGGAAAGUACGGAGUUUUGCAGGUUGUGCUUUAAAAGCCAACUGCCAUGGUUUUUUUUUAGAUACUGUUUAUUUUUAUCUUAUGGCUGCUUUAAAUAGCUCUAUUCCCUAGUUUAAUUUUAUUCUCUCUGCACACUAUUGUUUACUUAGCCUUCAAAUGGGGAAGGGGAGAAAAUUAGAAACAGCAAAAUAUAUUUAUCUCAAAUUGCACAAUGGGAGUAAUUGUAUAUAUAAAAAAAGAAUGUGACACUAGAGAUGCUAACGUUUAUUCAGCUUGAGAAAAACAACUGAGAGGGAAGGAGGGAAGUGUGAGGUGCAUAAAAGCACUUUUUGGCAUUGAACCAUUUGUUCUUUUGCGUGAGCGGUAAUAGUAUUCAGAUAUAUUUGACAUUUAUACCAGUCAAGUAUAGACAGUGGUUGGGCUGGUAUUAGCAAUUCUUUGGUUCCAGGGAGUGAAAAUCAAGAACUAUUAUAACAGAUUGAUACGCUGUAAUAAAUAAAGCAGUGUAAAAGUUGUUUUUUUGUCACAUUGCAUUGGUUCUAGGAUGGAUGACUGGGUUCAUUUCUCAUUGCAAAGAGAGUAGAUUAAAUAGUUAAUUAUACACAGUCCUUUCACCUCUGGUUGUAGGUCUGAUUUCAGCUAAAUUAUGAGGUCAAAGUCCCCUCAUUCUAUUAGCUAUCAGAGCCCCAUUUAAAAUCAAUUUGAGACAUCAUCUAAUUUCUUAUUGGGCCUGGUUCACAGUUCAGAACAUUCUGCAUUAAGUUAGUUAAACAUAUAAUAGUACAGCAUAGGGUUGGGCCCUUCAGCCCAUGAUGACUGUGCCGACCAUGCUAAUCUAACUAAUCCCAUCUACCUGCACAAAGUCCAUAUUCCUCUAUUCCUUGACUGUUGAUGUGCCUGUCCACAUGCCUCUUAAACAUUACUUCUGUAUCUGCUUCCACCACUUCACUGGCGGCGAGUUCCAGACACCUACCACAUUUAAAAAAAACUUUGCCAGAGAAAUCUCCUUUAAACUUUCCCCCUCUUACCUUAAAACUAUGCCCUCUAGUAUUUGACAUUUCCACUCUGGGAAAAAGACUCUGACUAAUUACCCUAUCUAUUCGGUUUUGGAGGAAAACAAGAACAAGAAGUAUUCUAUUAAGCCUUGGGUUUGGAAUAAUGAAUGAAACUUUAUCUGUAUCUCUCUAAGCUGGGAGACGAUGCUGAUGAUGAAUACGAAUAUUGAAGAACAUUCCCCUUUAAUAAUCAUAACUUCAUCUCAAUCAAAAACAUAUGCAAGUUGAGCACUAAAAACUGUUUUUGCAUCUUCCAAAAUUCUAUUAUUGGAGUAAAUUUCUAAGAUAAUGUGUCUGCAACCUACAAGACAAUGUUUAAUUUAGUUAGAAAUCAUACUAGUUGCAAGACAUUUAAUUUUCCCUCAGUCAUUGUUGACCUGACCUAAAGUUUCAAAGUAAAUAUGUACUAUUUCAUAGUCUACUUAUUUAUUGGUCAUAUUGCAUUUCUCAACAUGUUACUUUUUAAUUUCUUGAGUUCAACAACAAUUAAAUAUAUAGAUAUUUUCUUACAAGAAAUGUUGCCUGGAUCAGAAUCAAACUAGAAUUAGAAGCUCUGGAAAUGGAACACAUGAAAUGUCUUCUUGAUUAUCAGUGAUUUGAGAUCAAUUGUACAUUUGUACAAGUCUGAUUUUUUUUUCAGAAUGAAUACAGGGUUAAUAGGUAAAACUCCUCUCUUUUCUUAUAGAUGGUAAUCUGAAAAGUAAGCACAAUAUCCAAAAUAAGUAUUUUGUAGCAAAGUACGAAGCAUUAUAAGCUCAUUUACUAAAGUAUUUGGACUUGCUUUGUUUUCAAAUACCCGCAUUCAUUAUUUUUUCUCUCCUGCUGAAACAUUAGUAUCUUACUUCCCACAGAGUACUUCCAUUGCUGGAGAAAAACUGCCACAGCCUUCAUUUAUGAACUGAAUGCCCUAUGGUAUCAUAAUGAGAAAUUCUUCAUAAGUGUUAUCUCCAGAAUUAGAUUAUUAUUUUCACCAUUCCACAAACAAAAACCUUGGAAUUAGAAUCUGGACCAUCUAUAAUUUCUCAAAUGCUUUGGUAUCAAUAGUCUUCCACAGGCUAAAGGAUGGAUUGGGAAGAAGAACAAAACCUCCGAAUACUACAUGACAUUUAUAACCUGUGCAAUUCUGCUGUGUAUCCAUAUGGUUAUCCCAUUCUAUAAUGCAAAAAAAGAGGCUCAGUGAUAUUGAGAGAGAUUUCUAAUACUGCCAUAAUAAUCCUAGUGAUGGAUGUUAGACUGUUCUAACCAUAUUGAUUAUAAUUUACGUAAAUGAAGAAUCUAUUAAAACAACCACGACCUCUGUUGGAUAUAUUGUGGCAGUCAAUUCCACUUAAAAGCAUUUUUUAAAGAUGGUUUUUAAUUAUCCUACAUGAGACCCCCUCUGGUGUCCUUAAGCACUUUCCAUGCCUAUUACUAUAUAGGUCAUUGAUGGCACCUUGCCUCUUUGUUGUGACACUGAAAUUGAGCAUCAGUAAUAAAACAAAACUGGCCUGUAAUGAUAAUGAACUGUAAAACUCCACAUAUAUCCCAUAGAUGUGGAAACAAAUCCCAUUUUCAAUAGGAUUGUCAGCAACUGACUCCUCCCUUGAAAUUGUGUUGGGGAAGUGCUCUAAAUUAUCUGAAAUACAGGUUUAGAAAAAUUCCUUUUUUUUUGUAAAGGUCUAUUUAGAUAGAACUGCACUAUGUAGCUACCAGUUACCUCAGCACAUUGGAUUGAGUGUACAGAUACAUGCAAACUCCAAUUAUCAAAAAAGAAAAUAAAGUAAAAUUGUUUUCUUGUGAUGGGUUGGUACUGUUACUGAAGGGAGACAUAGCAAAGUGGCCUCUGAGUGGAUUUCAUGCAGAGAGAAAGACUAUAUUCAGCUUUACCUGAUAAUCACUGCAGAGUUCACUGAUACAAAUAGAAUUCUGGAGUUAAUACAGGUGACCCUAUCAACUUUGGAGCAAGCAUAUUCUUAGCCAAACAAUAAGCUCUGUGCAUUAGGGUAAUGGUAUUAAAUUCAAAAUAGGAUUUUGCUAAGAGCACAUAGUCAUUCUGCUUUUCUGCCUCAGCUGUUGAGUCACUGCAACAUAUGGCAAGUCAUUAGAAAGAUUCAACAAUUGAAAAGUCUGCCUUCCAAAACAAACAUUUUUAUCUUGGAUACUGAAAAGAGGCAAGAGAAUAAAAUCUAUAGAAUGGAAUUUGUGUUAGGUGCACCUCAGUUUAAAGCCUUUCUGAAAAAGGUUUUGUAGAUUGGAGAAGUGGCAAAGAAAUAAGUACCCACAUUUACUCUUUAGUCAUUGAACUACUAUUCAAUUAUUUAUUAGAUUUGCUUCACAAUAAGCAUUCUUUGUUCGUAUAGUUUCAUCAAUAUUUUCAAUGGUGUCUAGCCAGAAUUUAUCCUUCCUAAUUAACAGGAGGGUGAGGAAGAAUCUUCUCCACAACCAACUUACAAGACCAAAGUAGACAAAUGAAGCAUUCUCUGCACUUCAGAGCAAAUGUAUUUGAUUCUUGUCCAUGUUUAGCAAGAAUUUUUUUUCCCUUUCUUCAUUAGAUAUCAAAUUAGAAUGAUUGUGCAAAAGGCACACAUUUUUGGUCUUUCUGGUGGGAAAUCAUCAAAACUAGAUAAAAUUUUACAAAGAUAACAUUCUUUACUGAGUUCUUAUAGUAGAAUAAGCCUUUUAUUAGCAUCUGCCAAAUACUUUGUUAAUGGUUGUUAAGGAAUAUGUUUUACACAAUGGAUUAAAUGAUAAGGAAAAGAUACAGUAGAAGUCACCCAUAUUUUAUUGCCAUUUUUACCGUAAUGUGGACAGAGUUACAUGAAGUGAAAUUUAAAACUAAAAAUUGAAUUUAAUAGAUUCCUUUUUGAAUGCAAUUAACAGUACAGAUGGACAGAAGUAUUGAAAUAGAUGCUAUUCUCCUACAUUUAUUUUCAGGCUAAAUCCAACAUUAAGUUGUUAAUAUAAUAGGCAUGAAUUAUUUUGCUUCCCCCUCACUCCCAAGAGAGAGGAUGUGAAAUCCAUCCCUUUUAUGUUAUCAGCUGCAGUUUAAUACCAAAUUCAUUGCAGUCUAAAUGAAAUGUGGUCAAUCUUCUUCCAGUGCAAGUCAAAUUCAAUGCAGGCAAGCAAACCAACUUCAGUGAGUAGACUGCAUGGGCAUUGGUAAAGUGAACAGCUUUUCUUAGGUUUUUGUUUGAUCAGAAAUUUAUUGUGUGCCAAGUGUAAUACAGUUGGUACAAAAUGAGCAGCACUUACUGCCAAUUUGCUCAUUCAGAGUAAUCAAUUUUAAAUCAUUCUCAAUAAUUUCAAUACAUUAAUAAUUUGACUAAUUCACAAAAUAGAAGUCAAAUUGUACAGAUUAUUUCUCAAAACCAUCAAGUAUUGUGUAACAAAGAAAAGUUGGAUGCAAUUUUACCUUCACAGGUACUUCCAUUUCUACUGAAAUCAUCUUUCCCUUUGGAAUGGUUAUUUCCAAUUUUUAUUUGAUAGCUUUAACAAAGAUUGCUCUGAAAUACAGUUACACUCUGAUUUUCCUGUCAUUUAAGGUUCCCAGAUUGCUUUAACAGAAAGAGAUAAUCAGACUGCUUGUAUAAGCUGUUGCCAACAGUUUUUGAAAUGAUUUGUUUUGGAAAUGAUUUGUAUCCAUUUGAGCAUCACCCACAGUCGAGCAUCACCCACAGUCGAGCAUCACCCACAGUCGAGCAUCACCCACAGUCAAGCAUCACCCACAGUCCCUAAAGCUACUUUCCACAUUGCUUUAGAAGGAGAGGGGAUUUGAAUUGAUUGACAGCAGCAUUUUUGUUUUUAAUCCCCUAUUUGGCAAGAUGUUUUGCUCCUGGCUAUUUCAAUAGGACGACCAUAUCCCUACAGUUAAAAGAUGGGAAGUAUUGCUAAUACCUAAUGAAAUCAAACCACUUGUUUUGCCCAACAACAUACCUUUUAGACCAUCUACUAAUAUAAUCAAAAAGUCCCAAGAAACCUCACUGGGGCCUUCUGACAAAAUUUAACACCAAACCACUUAAGGAGCCAUAGGACAGCUGACCAAAACUUAAAUCAAAAGGAAGCUUUAAGCCACAUCUUAGAACCAAAGUGGUUUAGGAAGAAAAUUACAGAUCUUAAAACCUAAAGUGAUGGUGGAGUCAUACUAAUUGGGUAAAGAAAUCAUUGAAUUUGAUUUCCAAUUAAGACUGCAUUUAUAAUGAUUUGUGAACUAAUUAAGUUCUGCUUUCUGGGGCUAGCUAAUUUACUUAUGCUGGAACAAGUGCCAGAAAAAUGUCUUUAAAGUUGAUGGCAACAAGGACUUUGUGAACUCAUAAAUUAUGUUAUUCUUGCCCUGUACUUCAAAAUAUAGCUGGAUAUAACAUUACUGAAAAAGGAUAAAGUCCAAUUAUGAUACUUGCUAUGGGAUGAAGAGCUUGCAAUAUGUCACACAUCUAAUGUAAGUACAAAUAAAAAGUAAAAUGUUGGAGCUGUCAGGGUAAAUGACCCAGGUGUUCAAACUUAACCCUUGAAAAUAAAGUACUUCUUGAGUAACUGGUGGGUGCAAGGAUAGCUGGUUAUUGAAGCCAGAAUAUUUCUAUGCUGAUUUUGACUGUCUAGUCAAAUAAUUAAUGUAUUGUUGACUUGAUCUUUUUAUCUGAUGUUUCAGCAUGAGCAGGAAAGACUGGUGUCCAGAGAGUUUAAAAGGGCUGCACCAUCUCACUAAAACAGCAAUUUUCAAUGAUCAGGCAUGGCAAAAACUAGCUAUAUGAAGUUUAUGUCAAAUCAGAUUCUUACAGGUUGUAUUGGGUGGGUGAUGCUAAGUGUGAAAGAAGACAUUUCAGUUACAUUCAGUUGAAAAUCUAAUAAUUGUAGUACCAAAUAUAAUUUCCACUAAGUGGAAAUUAUGUACAUAUCUAAUAAUGUAAUAUGUUAUAUCUGUAUAAUAUAUUACUACUUGCAAAAAAUGUCACGUUAUCACCCAGUGUGAAUGUUCUUGGCCAUCAAUGACACAGUACUUUCUGUCAAGCUAUUUGUGUUGCAACCUAUCACUAUUACAAUAAGGAACACCCAAAAGCAAAAGAAAUAGCGUGUCACAUUUACAGUAAAUAUUUUCUGUACUUAAGAUAUUAUAAGGUAAUCAUUUUCUGCCUUGUAGUCAUCCCCAGACAUCCAUCAUCUAAUGUAGUGGUAAGUGCUUCUGCAGCUAUGUCUUAAAACAUUUUUUGGAAGAAAUAGCAAUUGUUUUCAUUUUUAAGUACAGUGCAAUAAGAUUUUUAAAUACAAAAAUAUGAAACAUUUCUUCAUUGAUAUAAUCUAGCAAAAUAAACAAUACAUUAUUAACUACAUUUUCUAUUUUAGUGUCAUAAAAUAGGCAUCAGGGAAGGGGGCUAAACCUUCAUAUUUGUGAAUGGUUACCUCACAUUGUGAUAUUUGUGGGUUCAAAUUCCAAUGAUUUGCUUGCUUUAUUUUAAUCUUGGUCCAAUGGAGCAUAACCCCUUAGAUAGUUUUGUAAACUGUACUUUUUCAUUCUGUGGCGGAUUAUUUUCCAUUCCAGCUUGUAAUUUUGCUUUUUGAAAAUUCUAGCCAGUUUAAACUGAAGUUUUGAUUCUGAAAAAUUUGGACCCAGCCAUCUAAUCAAUUGGGACAAAUUAGGAACUUAAAAGUAGCUUUCAGGUUAAUUUGCAAUCACAAGUUAGAGUAAACUUUUUGUUAACAUUUUCUGAUCUAUACAGAUAAUAAAGUUGUAUGCAACAUUAAGUAAUAGAAACUUCAUUAUUUCUCGGAGAGUUAUUGAGUGCUACUGCCCAGCUGUGGGGAUGAAUAGAGAAACACAUUCCGUCUAGCCCUAGUUUUAUAUGUGAAGCAAACGGGGAGAGAAAGAAGUUCGCAAUUACCAUCUAAGGUGCACCUUGCUUUUAAAAGCCUGCAGUAUUUCCAUAUUUGUGUUUUAAAUAUUUUGUAAAUGUUUCCUCAGGAAAAUAAGGUGUAAUAUUGUGUAUGUAUGAAUGAAGAAAGCUGGUUUAUUUGAAGAAAUGUAACUAAAUGCUGUAACUUCUCUGGCCUUGGAACUAACUACUCUGAAUGUGCCUAUGAUUCCCUCAUCCUACACAUAUGCUUUCUGUCGCUCCUAGAUUAAACAGGGCACAGCCCUGUGUUGCUAUUCAGACAACCCUGAUGAAUUUUGUGUUUAUUUUUUGUCGAUCUCAGGACUGAAACUUCUUUAUUUUAUGUAGAUGUUUUAUUUAUUCUGUUUCUUUAUUUUA